ACUCGAUAGUUUUAGUUCGGCUGACUUACGAGAUGGCCAAGAAACGAGAUCGCCGAGUUGCAUCGGGUGCCAAUCGCCCAAAGGAUCGAGUGGAACCGUUAACUCAGCCAGACCGACAUGGGGGUUCGGCCUCUUCGGAUCGAAGACUCAUCAUCAUAAUCUUCGUCUUCUUCAUCGUAUCUCCUGCUAUCUCCAUCUUCGUGUACCGAAUCAAAUACGCUUCAGGUACGAACCGUAAGGGUUCGUCCGUGUACCAGCGAGGCCUUGUUAAGCCUGAUGUGAAUUACCAAGAAAUCCUUGAUGAGAACACAAAGGUCUCAGAAAAUACUUCUGGGCGGCAUCAUACCUUUCCUGUGUUGGCCUACAUUACUCCAUGGAAUUCUAGGGGCUAUGAAUCAGCCAAGAGAUUCAACUCCAAGUUUACACAUUUAUCACCAGUCUGGUAUGACCUGAAAAGUCAAGGAAGUGACUUGAUUCUAGAAGGCAGACAUAAUGCUGACAUUGGAUGGAUAUCAGAGCUCCGGAUGGCAGGAGAUGCUAUGGUGCUACCUAGAGUUGUUCUGGAAGCUUUUCCCAGUGAUCUUCUUAGAAAAAAGAAGCAGCGGAGUAGAGCUAUUAACCUCAUAGUUGAUGAGUGCAAGGAAAUGGGCUAUGAUGGGAUUGUGCUAGAAUCUUGGUCAAGGUGGGCUGCUUAUGGUAUUUUGAAUGAUCCAAGCAUGAGGAACUCAGCACUGAAGUUUAUAAAACAGCUUGGAGAUGCAAUGCAUGCUGUUAAUUCAGAGCAAACCAAUAAGCGGUCAUUACAGUUGAUAUACGUUAUAGGUCCACCGCGUUCAGAGACACUCCAAGAGUACGAUUUUGGACCCAGAGAUCUUAAGAACCUGGAUGAUGCUGUGGAUGGAUUCUCACUUAUGACGUAUGACUUCUCAGGCCCGCAAAAUCCAGGUCCUAAUGCACCUCUUAAGUGGAUUUCUGCCACAAUGGAGUUACUCCUUGGCAGCACCAGCAACGGUGUACGACAUCUAUCCCACAAGAUAUUUCUUGGGAUCAAUUUCUACGGAAAUGACUUCAUUGUUUCAAGAGGUGAAGGUGGUGGUGGUGGUGGUGGAGCUAUAACUGGAAGUGAUUAUCUAUCGUUGCUGAAGAAGCACAGACCCGUUUUGCAGUGGGAAGAGAGGAGUGAAGAACACUUGUUCUUUUACCCUGAUGACAACCACAUCAACCAUGCCGUAUUCUAUCCAUCAUUGUUGUCCAUUUCUGUGCGGCUGGAGGAAGCUCGAAAGUGGGGAUGUGGCAUCUCAAUCUGGGAAAUUGGGCAAGGUCUUGAUUAUUUUUUUGAUCUUCUCGAGCCUCAUAAACAAGCUUUGAGACAGAAUUAUGCCAUGGAGGCCCUCAAUGCAGCAGGCUUAACACCCAUAUCAGCAGUUCUCAGCGACAGGAAACAAGAACCCAGAAAAAUCCCAUCUUUCUUCAAAUUCUCAAAUUCUUCUAGUUUUAACACCAACCCUUCAGCUCUUCAGGAGUGUUUCCCAAAGAAAAUCCAUGGAGGUUUGGUUAUACUCUCUUCUGUACUCAACUCUGGGCUUGCUAAAGCUUUGACAUAUGAAGAAGCAUUACAGCAGACUGUUGGGGAUGGCUCCUCAGGUGAGACUGGGGUUAUAGAUAGUGCCAUUAGUUUUGCAACUGAAAACCCAGCCAUUUUAGCUGGUGGGGUCGCCAUUUUGGCGGUUCCAUUGGUUUUGUCUCAGCUUUUUGGCAAGUCUAAGCCAUGGGGAGUUGAGUCUGCAAGAAAUGCUUAUGCAAAACUGGGUGAUGAUCCCAAUGCACAGUUGCUUGACAUAAGACCACCUGCUGAGUCUAGGCAAGUGGGCAGUCCGGACAUCAGAGGUUUGGGAAAGAAGUCAGUGUCUAUUGUGUACAAAGGAGAAGAUAAACCAGGUUUCUUAAAGAAGCUCUCUUUGAAGUUCAAGGAACCAGAAAAUACCACAUUGUUUGUCCUCGACAAAUUCGAUGGGAACUCUGAACUAGUUGCUGAGUUGGUCACUGUAAAUGGGUUCAAAGCUGCUUAUGCCAUAAAAGAUGGCGCGGAAGGACCCCGAGGAUGGGUGAAUAGCAAUCUUCCAUGGAUAGCACCAAAGAAAGCACUGAGUUUGGAUUUUGGAAAUUUCACAGAAGCAAUUAGUGAUGCCAUUGGAGGGGGCUCAGGUGAUUUGUCUGUUACCAUUGGCCUUGCUGCAGCAACAGGAUUGGGAUUGCUGGCCUUUUCAGAGAUAGAAACAAUACUCCAACUCUUAGGCUCAGCUGCAAUUAUUCAGUUCACGAGCAAAAAACUCCUAUUUGCUGAGGAUAGGAAAGAAACUCUAAAACAAGUUGAUGAGUUCUUGAACACUAAGAUUGCACCUCAAGAGCUUGUGGAUGAGAUUAAGCAAAUUGGACAAGCUUUACUCCCAACAGUGUCUAGCAAGGCUCUUCCUGCACCAGCAGAGGCAAGUCCAAAUGCUGCUACCGCCGAUAGUACUGUACAAAAAGCAGAAGCUGUUCCUCAAUCUAAAGUAGAAGAAGCUGCACCACCUGCUCCCCAAUCUAAACUAGAAGCAGCUGCACAACCUGCUCAAGAAAUAAACUCAGUCCCCAAAACGGAAACUAAAGCAGAAUCGCUUCCUAAAGUCUCAAAACCGCUAUCACCAUACUCUUGUUAUCCAGAUUUUAAGCCCCCAACAUCUCCUUCACCAUCACAGCCAUAGAGUUCCAAAGAUAUUGUUUCAAGCGGGGUAGUGGUUUGGUUAGGAAUUUUCAAAGAAAGAUUCAACAUAGUUAAUGCAACUUAUGUAUUUAUGUUUCAAGAAAUUUUCUUUAUAUAUUGGUUCAAAUAAGAUUGUAAUACCAUGAUGAGUACUAAGAAAAUUCAACAACUUUUGUUUAUGUUUCUUAGACAACUUUAUGUGGUGGUAUGUUAUAUCUAUGGUCAUGGAUUCUUGUA